AUUGUCAAUUGUUGUUGGGAGUCUGGAGUCGGAGCUCGCACUCACAAAAAUAUUUCUGUGUAUCUUGUAAUUAGCUUAAUAAUAAUAAUUAGAAAAUUUGAUUAUAGUUAUCCUCGUAUUUUUUUCGCAGUGUGAUUUGACUUAAAUAUUUAAAGGCUUGGUUAAAAUUAUAUCAAUAAAAUGGCCAACGACACUCCUGAAAGUGACUUCUCUAUAGAAUGCUUUCAAAACUAUUCAGCACCAGAAGUAUUUGUUCAGGGAUUAGCGGGUAUGGUUGAUCAGUCUGAUGUCGAAGUGAUAAUACGAGCACAGAAAACUAUGUUACAGAGAUUUGAAAAAACAACCGAAAUGUUAACUAAUUGCAACCAACUCUCAGCAAGUCGCCUUCGAGCUGCAUCUGUAGAGUUUAAGAAGCAUACACAACUACUGUUAGAUAUGAAAAGGGAUUUAAAUUAUAUAUUUAAAAAAAUAAGGGCUAUUAAAACAAAGUUAAGCACUCAGUAUCCUGAAGCCUAUAAAGUCGCUGUAGCAUCAGCUGCUGGUUAUAUAAAGCCACUUGAUGAAGAAGAAGAAAUGAAACCUUCAGAAUCAAAAAUAGCAUCUAAAAUGGUGACCACAGUUUCAACAGAAACUUUAAGACCUACAGACAAAAAGGAAAAUGUAGAUAAAAAUGUCAAUGUAAAAAAAAAAAGCAGCAGUUCAUCUGAAACAGAAAGCGCAAGCUCUGGAGAUGAUAGUAGUACUGACACUGGUUGAAUGUAAUAUUAAC